AUGAAUCUUGAACAAUGUACGGAUAGAACGGCCGAGGCUUUUGCAAGGGCGGAAGAUACGACUCGUGCAGUACCGACCCGUUUGUCGGUAACUCACAAGAAAUGUCGGACCCGAACCGACGACCCCAAGCGGAAGACGCUAUUUUGGGAGUUUGGUCAUCAGGAUGCUCAAGCAGAUGCUGGCGCUGCUUUUAGCAAUGGCAGAGGUACGUGUAGCGCUCGUGGUGCUUGUGGUGCUAGCGAACCUAAGAAUGCCCUCAGCAGCGCCGGGCCAUUGGCGGGCAAUUUUGAUGAAUGUAUCGAUGAGAGGAAGUGCUUUCCAACUUCAUUCAAUCAAAUUCCGCAAUUUAUUUGA